CCGAAAUUUUGUCACGCAGAAGCGAACAUCGUCCUUUUGCGCCCGCAUCACCACCACCUUGCAACGCCGCCCGCAGCAUCCAUUUACCCCGCCCGUGGGCCCGCGUCGCAAAUUGUCUGUCAUGUUGGCCGAGUCCGACGAGAAGCCAUCAGCACCGGGUUUCGGCCACUUGUGACCUCCGGCCAGACGACUCACCCACUCACUCUCAACGGUGAUCCGGUAGCCGGCCGCUCGACCACCACCGCCCCGAAGCCCGCUCCACGAGGCUGCCUCCCCGGCGGCUUGCGAAACAAACGCCAUGGCCAACUCGACCGAGAGAUCAGUCAAGGAGCAGCUGGUUGAUAAGCUGCCCAAGCGCUUCAAGGGCAUCAAAUUUGGAAUCCAGUGCGUGGCUGCGGUUGGCGAGGAGAUGGCUCGAUGAUUCAUGCCGCUGACCGUUUCUGCGUGCGCCACAGGUCCAACCAGGAUAUUGCCAACCAGGCUGUCCUCGAAGUGUCCGAUCGACUGCUUUACGAUAUCGAGAAUAACCGGGCGCCGUAUCGACAUGGGCCUCUUGACCCGCGCUUGGGCACCUCGAGCAAGAUUGGCAAAUGCGCAACAUGUCAAGACUCGCUGCAAAACUGCACGGGCCAUUUCGGCCAUGUGCGACUCCCAUUGCCCGCCUUCCAUAUCGGCUACUUGCGAUUCGUCAUGUCUAUUCUGCAGGAGAUAUGCAAGGAUUGCGGCCGCGUACUGUUAGAAGAACCUGAGCGACGGUCGUUCUUGAAAGAACUCCGCCGGCCGUUCCUCGACAACCUUCGUCGAACCCAGAUUUGCAAGCGCAUCAAUGAGCAGUGUCGCAAGUGCAAAACUUGCCCUUACUGCGGCUCCAUCAAUGGCCAAAUCCGCAAGACGGGCGUCCUCAAGCUCGCCCACGACAAGUUUGUCGCGUUCAACAAGUCCACGUCCGUCAAGAAGGUGCCUCCCGAGGCCAAAGUCAAGUUUGAGAACUCGUUUGCCGAGGCCAGGCGAGAGAACCCCGAAGUGGAGAAGCACCUCCGCAAGGCAAUGGAGGAUCUCAACCCGCUUCGGGUCCUCAAACUCUUCAAGAGAAUCAGCCCUACAGACUGUGAGCUGUUGGGGCUGGAUCCCGCCGAGGGUCGACCUGAAAUGUUCAUUUGGCAGUUCGUGCCCGCGCCCCCGGUGUGCAUCCGGCCUUCUGUUGCGCAGGACAAUGCCAGUACCGAAGAUGACAUUACCACCAAGCUUGCGGACAUUGUGUGGGUCAGUGGCAUGAUACGAUCUGCCCUCCAGAAAGGAUCUCCCAUCCAGACCAUCAUGGAACAGUGGGAGUACCUCCAAACCCAAAUCGCGAUGUACGUCAAUAGUGACGUCCCCGGCCUUCAGCAACCUGGCUUCGGCAAGUCCACCAGGGGCUUUUGUCAGCGGUUGAAGGGUAAGCAGGGCCGUUUCCGAGGCAAUCUCUCCGGCAAGCGUGUCGAUUUCUCUGGACGUACGGUUAUUUCACCCGACCCCAACUUGGGCAUCGACCAGGUCGCUGUGCCCAUCCUCGUCGCAAAGAACCUGACGUACCCCGAAAGGGUCAACCGGCAGAAUAUCGAGAAGCUGCGCCAAUGCGUUUUGAACGGCUGCGACGUAUGGCCGGGAGCGCAGGCCGUCUUGGCAAAGGAGGAGGACAGUCAUUAUCGCUACAACCUCAAAUUCGCCAAUCGCGAGUAUAGGGCGCGACAGCUGACUGCCGGCGAUAUCGUUGAGCGACACCUCGAGGAUGGCGACAUUGUGCUGUUCAACCGGCAGCCUUCCCUGCACAAGCUCAGUAUCAUGAGCCAUCUCGUCAAGGUCCGGCCCUGGAGAACAUUUCGCCUCAACGAGUGUGUUUGCAACCCGUACAACGCCGAUUUCGACGGAGACGAGAUGAACCUGCAUGUCCCGCAAACCGAAGAAGCUCGGGCCGAAGCCAUCAACCUCAUGGGCGUCAAGUACAACUUGGCGACCCCUAAAAACGGAGAGCCCAUCAUUGCCGCCACCCAGGACUUCAUCACCGCCGCGUUCCUACUCAGCAGCAAGGACCGCUUCUUCGACCGGAAGACCUUCACCUACAUCUGCAUGCAUAUGAUGGACGGCAGGACGCCGCUAGACCUGCCGCCCCCAGCCAUCAUCGCACCCCAAUGCAUGUGGACUGGCAAGCAGGUUUUUAGCGUCAUGAUGCGACCGAACAAGGACUCUCCCGUCAAAGUCAACCUGGAUGCCAAAUGCAGAGCGUACAAGGCGCGUCCUGGCCAGUGCCCCGACAUGGAUCCCAAUGACGGCUGGCUGGUUGUCCGCAACUCAGAAGUCAUGUGCGGCCGCAUGGACAAGUCUACUGUCGGCUCUGGCAAGAAGGACUCCAUCUUCUACGUCAUCAUGAGAGAUUUCGGCCCAGACCAGGCUGUCAUCGCCAUGAACAGGCUGGCAAAACUCUGCGCCCGACAGCUCACCAACCGCGGCUUCUCCAUCGGCGUGGGUGACGUGUUCCCGACGGCGUCUCUCAAUGUCGAGAAGGAGAGUCUGGUAUCGACAGCGUACGAGCAGUGCGAUGACCUCAUUGAAACAUUCAAGCAGGGGAAGCUCGAAAAGGCACCCGGCUGCAACAUGGAGCAGACGCUGGAGAACCUAAUCUCCGGUAUCCUUAGCAAAGUCCGACAGCAGGCCGGUACAUACUGUAUCGACACCCUGAGUCGCAACAACGCCCCUUUGAUCAUGGCCAAAUCUGGAUCGAAAGGCUCGGACAUUAACGUCGCGCAGAUGGUGGCCGUCGUCGGACAGCAAAUUAUCGGUGGUCAGCGUGUGCCCGAUGGGUUCCAAGACCGAAGUCUUCCUCACUUUCACAAAAACGCCCGACAGCCCCCCUCCAAGGGUUUCGUCAAGAACAGUUUCUACACCGGCUUGUUCCCGACCGAGUUCUUGUUUCACGCAAUCUCCGGUCGUGAAGGUCUGGUCGAUACGGCCGUCAAGACCGCCGAAACGGGGUACAUGUCGCGACGACUGAUGAAGUCGCUGGAGGAUCUUUCGACACAAUACGACGACACAGUUAGAACAUCCGGAGGCGGCAUCGUGCAGUUCCAGUUCGGCGCGGACAAGCUCGACCCGGUGGACAUGGAGGGCUCUGCGGAGCCGGUACACUUCCUGCGCACCUGGAGUCAUGCCGAGAACUUGACGUGGGACAACGACGAGCCGGCCAUGACGCCGACGGAAAUUCGCAGCUUCGCCGACUCGAUGCUCGAGGUGGAGCGUAAGCGCCUUCCGAGAAUCGGCCUGCUCAAGGACAGACUCGAGUAUGAGGACACCACCGACUAUGGCAUUGACGAGCACGAGAGCGCGCGAAAAUUCCUCAAGACCAUCGAAAGCCACGUCGAGGGUCUGGCUACGAAGCUGGAGCGCGUACGAGCUCUGGCCGGCUUCGACGGCGACACACCGCUCCACCCUGACUCUCAGGCGCACUGCGACCGGACGGCCAAGGUGACGGUGACGACGCUGCAGCUUUUCAUCAAGAUGUGUCUCGAAAAAUACAAGAAGGCCCACGUCGAGCCGGGCCAUGCCGUCGGUGCCGUCGGUGCGCAGUCCAUUGGUGAGCCUGGUACACAGAUGACACUCAAGACCUUCCACUUUGCUGGUGUGGCCGGUAUGAGUAUCACACAGGGUGUGCCGCGUAUCAAGGAAAUUAUCAAUGCUUCCAAGACUAUCAGCACGCCCGUCAUCACCUGUCCGCUGCUCAACAACGAGCAGAUCGAGGUGGCCAAGGUGGUCAAGGCGCGCAUUGAGAAGACGUACGUGUCGGACGUCCUGCACUUUGUGGAGGACGAGUGGCGUGCGGAGGAAGGCAACGUCGUGCUCCAGAUUGACAGAGGCUCGCUGUCAGACAUGCAUCUGGGCAUCGGCAUCUACGACAUUGCCGAGGCCAUUUGCAAACAGCGCAAGCUCAAGGUAGCACGCGAGGACUUGUCCAUUUUUGGCGACAGAAUCGUGAUCCGAGUCCGAGAUGGGAGUCAGAUGGCGACCAAGAGGACGACGACGCGGAAGACGGACGCCGACAGCGGCGACAUGCUGCUGCGGGCCAACUUCCUGCGACGCACACUGCCCAACGUGCCCGUGUCGGGUUAUCCGGAGGCGACCCGAGCCAUCAUCCAGACGUCGGAGCAGAACACCCAUACCGUCCUCGUGGAAGGCUACGGCCUGCGGGAAUGCAUGACGACGGAGGGCGUCAUCGGGACCAAGACACGGACGAACAAUGUCAUGGAGUGCCGCGACAUUCUCGGCAUCGAGGCGGCGCGGACAACGAUUGCCAACGAAAUCGGCGAAGUCAUGGGUGACAUGGGCAUCGACCCGCGGCACAUGCAGCUGCUGGCCGACGUGAUGACGUACAAGGGCGAGGUGUUGGGCAUCACGCGGUUCGGCCUGUCCAAGAUGCGCGACAGCGUGCUACAGCUGGCGUCGUUUGAGAAGACGCCGGACCACCUGUUUGACGCGGCGGCGGGCAUGAAGACGGACCAGAUUGAGGGCGUGAGCGAGUGCAUCAUCAUGGGACAGACGAUGGGGGUGGGCACGGGCGCUUUCCAGGUCGUGCGGCGGCUGGGCAUUCAGCCGGGCCAGCUGUCACAAAAGAAGACGUUGUUUGAGGACGAGUGGAACAAAGAGGUGGCAAUGAAGCGCAAGUCCAGGCGGAAGGUAUAGACAGACGCUCUGUGGGGAUCCGCCACGAGCAUCUUGCAUGGUGACAGAAAUAAGAAGUAAAAAAAAUCUAUUGACAAUUGG